AGAGAGAGAGAGAGAGACGCAUGCCAUCACAUCGGUGGCUGAUUUUGUUUCUCCGGGGCGGUCUGUUCUUUUUAGCGAGCCACCUGCACACAGAGCGCCGUAGUCCUGCCGCGGAACUUGCGCUGACUGGCAGACUACUUCCUGAAUUACCAAACGCGCUUAACAGCGUGCAUUGUAUUGAAAGACCCGAUGGGGGGUUAUAAAUGAUAAAUGUGAACAGUUGGUUUUUUAAAAUCGUAAAUUAUCAUUUUCAUCAACUUUUCAGAUGUAGCCUACUAUUCCUAUGCAUUUGAGCAGCUGCGUCGGAGGGCUGCUGCAAGCCACAAAGAAUGUUGUUAUCGGAACGAGUUUUUCCUAAUUAUUCACAACAACGAAUUCUUCAUUAUCUGGAGCUCUCAUCUCCGGGGAUGCUGGAAAUGAAAACGCGAGGAGAGACGCAGUAGGCUUGAGCCUCAGAGCGUUGUAUUUUUUAAUUUUUUUCUUUCAUCCUUUUUUUCGGUCUCUUGGGAUCCUCCUAUUUAGCGCAUUGUUUUGCCAGAUUUUGGGUGCGAGGAAGGACAGAGGUGCGCCCCAAAGUGUAUUUUACGGCUGAUCGGCUCGCGCAGCUCAGCUCUGGAAUUCGGAGGCUCUGGUGGAGGAGUCUCGCGCAGGUUUCCACAGUCGGAAAGCUAUUUCACACAGCCAAGGAAAUAGACUAGCGGAAAUGGGCUCCCCGGGGUGUGAGGUUCGGUUGCUGUGUAUUGUCCUCCAGGCGUCGGUGAUGGCCCUGCUCUGCCGGGGCGAGAAGCUGUGCCCGUCGGGCUGCCGGUGCGAAGGCAAGAUGGCGUACUGCGAGUCCGGAACCUUCCGCGACAUCCCGGACAACAUCUCCACCGGCUGCCAGGGCCUGUCGCUGCGCUACAACGACCUGCUGGACUUGCUGCCGUACCAGUUCGCCCACCUCAACCAGCUGAUCUGGCUCUACCUGGACCACAACUACAUCAGCGGCGUGGACGCCCAGGCCUUCCGCGGCAUCCGCCGGCUCAAGGAGCUCAUCCUCAGCUCCAACCGGAUCACGCAGCUCCACAACACCACCUUCCACCCCGUGCCCAACCUGCGCAACCUGGACCUGUCCUACAACAAGCUGCAGGCGCUGCAGCCGGGCCAGUUCCAGGGCCUGCGCAAGCUCCAGAGCCUGCACCUGCGCUCCAACGGCCUCACCGCCGUCCCCGUCCGCGCCUUCCUGGACUGCCGCAGCCUGGAGUUCCUGGACCUGGGCUACAACCGCCUGCGGGCCCUGACCCGCACCACCUUCCUGGGCAUGCCCAGGCUGGCCGAGCUGCACCUGGAGCACAACCAGUUCUCCAGGAUCAACUUCUUCCUGUUCCCGCGGCUGGCCAACCUGCGGGCGCUCUACCUGCAGUGGAACCGCAUCCGGGUGCUGAACCAGGGCCUGCCCUGGACCUGGCACACCCUGCAGAAGCUGGACCUGGCCGGGAACGAGAUCCAGGCCCUGGACCCGGCCGUGUUCCAGUGUCUGCCCAACCUGGAGACCCUCAACCUGGAGUCCAACAAGCUCAGCAACGUGUCCCAGGAGGCUGUGGCCGCCUGGAUCUCCCUCACCACCAUCAGCCUGGCGGGCAACGUGUGGGACUGCGGCCCGGGCAUCUGCCCCCUUGUGGCCUGGCUGAGGAACUUCAGGGGCUCAAAGGACACGACUAUGAUCUGCAGCAGCCCCAAGUCCCUCCAAGGGGAGAAAGUUAUGGAGGCUGCCAAGAACCAGGAGGUGUGUGGGGAGAUCCCCACGGCCCUCCGGCCGGCAACCCUUUCCCCGUACGUGAAGCCCGCCCCCGUCCCAACCACAACCACCACCACGGCCGCCCCCUCCACCGCUGCCGCGACUACGACCACGACUACCGCGAGCCCCUCGAUGCCCGCGUCCCAGAGCCCCUCCCCGUCGCCCCAACUCUGGCUCCUCCCCCGGUCCACCCGGAGGAGCCUGGCGGGCGUCAUCCCGCGGAGACCCCCGCCCAGCGCCCCCGGCGCCUCCUCCUCCGGCGGGCUGCCGGCCACGCCCGGCCCGGGGGGCGUGCCCCACAUGCUCUUCCACAAGAUCAUGGUGGGCACGGUGGCGCUCUUCCUCUCGGCCUCGCUCGUCAUGCUGGUGAUCUACGUGUCGUGGCGGCGCUACCCCGGCGCCAUGCGGCGGCUGCAGCAGCGCUCGCUGGGCCGCAAGCGGCGGAAAAAAGCGCAGGAGCCCGAGCAGAGCAUCUCCUCCCAGCUGCAGGAGUACUACAUGAGCUUCAACGCCACCAACUCUGAGACCAUGGACGUGCUCGUCAAGGGCACGGGGCCUUGCACCUGCACCGUUUCGGGUUCUCGAGAAUGCGAGAAAGAAUACACGUAUCCUAGACCGUUACCAGGGGCUUGGCUGGGAGAUGUGGCCACAGUGCACUCACAGUGAGCAACACAGCGGUACGCUGGGGCUAUCACAGACUGACCUCCACUGCUCCAGAAUCCCAUCAUCCCCUGCUCUGUGCCAGCUCAGGCCUUUGACCGUGUCCUCAGAGGAAGUCAGGGGCACCAGCGAGCCAAUCAGAAAGCCUGGGAGGAGCAACUCAAAGGACACCCCUCACAGGAAAGACAGUGGAUUACAUUAUGUUGAUAUUUUUUGCCCCCUCUCACCUGUGGCAGGUGUCAUGGUCAAGCCAAUACCGCAGCGCUCCACCCUCCUCACCAGCACAGCGUGGUCUUACGGAUUUUCAGCUCCCUGUGUGUUUCUACUUCCUGUUGGCAAGGCCUGGCGGCUGAUGGGUAACUGUUCCCUGGGCACCCAAUCGGUUGCGGGUGAAGUGCGAGGCGCGACCGUGGCGAUCGGGAACACCUGGCCCACCGUCGGCGGGGUCGCCCGACGAGCACAGAGGCGGAGUCGCCGACGACUGUUUCGCCAAACAGUUCCGAAAUGGAAGAAAGCUUCCCGGCAGUUCCCCUCCCGCGGAUCGAGAGGCCGACGCGCGGGCCGGACCCCUCAUCCCCCCCCCUCGAGGCUUUUCAGAGAUCUCUUCAAGUUCCGGUUUCCUCCACGCGGAUUUCCACAGCGGGUGCAUGCUCGUCACUGCAGGCUGCUUCGCAGCUCCAAGAUCCCUAAUGUCCCCGGCUACGCCCGAGGCAGGCACCGGGGAGGGGAGACGGAGGACUUCCACAUCCCGUCCCGUUUUUGGGGAUAAACGCUUAAGAGGAACCCAGUGCCCUUAGUGCAUUCUUCAAACCAAAAAAAAAGUCAAAUAAAACAAAUACUUUGAGACACUACUAAUUUCUGUAUAUACUAAUAGAGCAGUCCAGGUCCUGGAGUGUCGGUGAUGUUUCUGGUUUUUGUUCCAUCUGGGAUUGGUCGUUUGAUGGAUUAUUGAGAGCCUGAGCCUGAAUGGUGAACCGAGGAGAGCUUGAAGGACGUGGUCACCUGUGUUCAUUAAGCCUACCAAUCAAUACAUUUAUGUACUCGUAGGCUUGGAUGGAGUGAAACCGGGUAUUAUAGAGCGUGCUCUCUCUAUCUGUCUUUUUCUCUCCAUCUCUCUGUCUUUCUCACUCUCUCUCUCACUGCCCUUCUCUCUCUCUCUCACUGUCUCUCACUGUCCUUCUCUCUCACUCUCUCUCACUGUCUUUCACUCUAUUUAUCUCUCUCUCUCUCACUGUCUUUCUCUCUCUGUCUACUGGUUAUCUUGUUUUUAGGCCACUCUCCUUAUGAAAAAUAAUAUGCCAAUAUGAUUUUGUAAGGUGGGUUCUGUGUUUAGAUGUGUUCUUUUUACGCAAGUGUGCUGUUCGGUUCCAGUUCUUACGGCUGGUUCACGAAUGAACAACACCAAGCUUAAAGUUCUGUUAUUUAGAAAGUGGACCUGUGUUUCUCAAGCUGAACAAUAUUGAACUUUAGCCAUCACAGAAUAACAACUCUUUUCCUGUUUUGAGCAUGAUUGAAGUUCAGGCUCCUGUAGGCAAUAUCCAUUGGUUUGAAAUAGCAAAAGAAGUGGAAAUUGCAGUCAUUAUUUUGAACUGUCCUGGAGUGCUGGUGGCUUAGAGACUGUUCAGAGAUGGCAGCUGGAUAUGCUGAGAAGGGGAACUUUUCAACUUGCAGUGGAAAUAUCAGGCUUUUUCUUUAUAUGCCCAAAAAACCAAAAUCAUAAUCCGAUGAGGAAUCUAUUGUGAAUAUUACUUUCCACCAGUAGCUGGGUGUAGUCCUGGCCCUUUAAUGUGGGAUGAUUCUUUGGGCUAAUUAACAACAUAUAAUAUAAGGUGAAAGAACAACUUGUGGGGUCUGAAACUGAAUUGUAUUUCCAUUUGUUUUUGUUUUUUGUUUUUUUUUUGUGGGGGAAGGGGGCUGGUGGGCGGUGGGUGGGGGGUGAGAGUUGGUUCCUUUUUUUCCAAUCACUCACCCUGCUAAAAUGUGCCAAAAUACACACACAUGUGUGUGUGUGUGUGUGUGUGUGUAUCUGUGCAUAAUGUGUAUGCAUGUGGGUGACAGUGGUGCCUGCAGUCACAGUGUAGAAAGUGUGUAUGUGUGUAGGUGUGUGUUUGUGGGGGGGCGGGGGGACUUGGAUUAUUCUGUAAGCAAUUCUGCCUUUGGUUUAGCACUCCCUGGUAGUUCUCUAUUUACAUUGCUGACAGACGGGGCUAAUAUAUAUGCGAGUUUAGUAUAGCUUUUCAGCGCAUGACAAAAACACAGAGCAAAACUAUUUUAUAUUUGUCAAUAGUAUUUCUGCUGUUUUUUUUUUCUUCCCUAAAACCUAUUGAUAUUUUUUCAUAAAUUGUAUCAAUUGUUCACUGUUUAAACAAAAAAUAUGAUUUUUAUAAUGAAAAUGUAAAAAAAAAAGAAAAAAAAAAUCAAGAGAGAGAAAUAUAAACUGCUUUUAAUGCAAAUGGUCGUUCUCUCUUUUUUAAUCAGUGAAAAUGUCUAGAAAUCUGUAUGGUAAUGAGGCAUAUGCAAUUCAAUUGUGUUACAAAACGAAAGUACUAAUAA